GUCACAUCUGCGCGCGCACAGAGCGGCUGCAUGGCUACAUGAGACCUCCACGGACUGGAUGUUGGGAAGCUUUUAGCGACGCUGUGUUGGAGCUCGUCGCGCGUGUAGUUACUGUGGAUUACUGACGCACCAGGAGCCUUGGCAGCGUCUUACUGGGAAGUCUGAGCCGACAUGGGGAGCAAAGCCCUGCACGCUCCGAUCCCCCUGCACCCAGCCCUGCAGCUCACCAACUACUCCUUCCUGCAGGCCCUCAACACGUUCCCCGCGGACCAGCUGCAGGGGCUGUACGGCCUCAGCGCGGUGCAAACCAUGCACAUGAACCACUGGACUCUUGGCUAUCCGCACAUGCAGGGACUGAGGUCGACGAUCACGGCGGCCGCCCAGGGCCUGGUGGACCCCAGAAUCCCCUUCCCGGCGUUGCCCUUCACGGCCGCGGCGCAGCUCUUCCACCCGAAGCAGGCCGCCGUGACGCACGGCGUCCCCGCGCUGCACAAGGACAGACCCAGGUUUGACUUUGCCAACCUGGCCCUCGCCGCCACACAGGAGGACCCUCCGAAAGCUGCCCAUCUGGCCAAGUUGGCCUCGGGACUUGGGGGGAGCAUCUCCGAGCUGAGCAAGCUGUCGCCCGAGCGGAAGCCCACGCGCGGCAGACUGCCGUCCAAGACGAAAAAGGAAUUUAUUUGCAAGUUCUGCGGCAGACACUUCACCAAGUCUUACAACCUCCUCAUUCACGAGAGGACCCACACGGACGAGCGGCCUUACACCUGUGACAUUUGCCACAAGGCCUUCAGAAGACAGGACCACCUCAGAGACCACAGAUACAUCCACUCCAAGGAAAAGCCUUUCAAAUGCCAAGAAUGUGGGAAGGGAUUCUGUCAGUCUCGAACUCUGGCUGUCCAUAAAACCUUACACAUGCAGGAGUCUCCCCACAAAUGCCCCACAUGCGGAAGAACCUUUAAUCAAAGAAGUAACCUGAAAACUCACCUUCUCACCCAUACAGACAUCAAGCCCUACAGCUGUGGCCGCUGCGGAAAGGUGUUUCGGCGCAACUGUGACUUGCGACGGCACAGUUUGACGCACAGCCCGCAUCAGGACUACUAGCCUGGACAGACUGACAGAAUAAUAAUAAUAAUAAUAAUAAUGAAUGAAAGAAAGAAAAAAACGGACAAAUCCCAGAAAGACAAAGCAACGACUUGUUGUCCGUCAGAGACACUUUUCACACGAGCACACGUUUACUGGCAGCAGCUUCCUAUCCACAUGUAAAUAAAAUGUACAAAAUGUUGUUUUUAUUGUUGUUUUCCUGAUUUUGAAAUGUUAAAGUUGUGAGAAAAAAAGUUAUGUUUAAAGUAUGUUAAAUUGUAUUGUAGAAAUAAAUAUUUCCAG